AUGUCCGGAGACAACCCGGAGGGGCAGGUCAUCGUCCAUGGACCCGAGGGUCUGAGCGAUGACCAACUCGCCGAGGCCCGCCGCAUCUGGGAUGAAGCCAAGUCAAUGGCACCGCGCUCGAGCCGAAAGCUUUGGAAGAACAUCCAGGCUUAUGACAAGAAGGGUUUCCAGGAAUUCCUACGCGCUGUAUUUAAGCACCAUGGUGUCGAGUGGAACAGCCUCCGCCGCCCCAGACAUAUGUAUUCUUUCAGAGCCAAAACAGUCGACAUGUUCACAUUGCCAGUUGGCACUUGGAAAAAGGACCUGAUACCAAAGGCCGUGACCAAGGCGGCCGGAGACGUCACCUACAAAAUCGCAGCACACAGACGCAAGGGAGCCACAGCUCUAUGCCGACCUGUGAUUGACGGAGACACCAUUGCCUUCAAGAUUAUCGAUUCACAUGCCCAUCCUCAUUCCCACGAUGAUGUACUCUGGUCUGGGGAUGGCCUAAGCGCCGAGCUCAAGGCCUGGAUCUGUCUUCAUCACGACGAAGAAGAGUUUCGCCACAUUUCAGAAUGGAACGUCAGAGCUGCAGUUAUACGCUUCCAGUAUUACCUAUGGAAGCUGAACGUUUCGGAGAAAGCCGCUCGGGAUGUACAAGUACCUGAGGUGAAGCAGAUGUACCUAUGUGUUCCGAUAUUCGAGAACAUGUAUCGUGAUGCCAAGGUUGUCCGCCAGCUGGCAAAGGAAAAGCGUCGUCGAGAUCGUGCGCUUUAUGGACUUUGA